UGAAGAAAGUACAAGCAGACAAGAAGAGAACUAAUUAAUUAUAUAUAUUUGAUGGACUAACAAAAUUCAGGAUGUUAAAUAAAGGUUGGACAUGUCAAAAUUGGUUCUCUUUGUCCCAGAGAGUACGGAGAAGGAGAGCAACUCAACAGAACAGUCACAGAAAAUUGUCCCUGACAUCACUGGCUCACAGGCAAGGCAGUUUUAUGAAGAUUUGAUUAAUGAUUCCAGCAGGGAGAAUGGAUUACAUCAAGAUAUACUGCAUGCUCAGAGUCAUGCAAAACAUUGCAACGAGAGACUGGCAAACCAGGUUACUAAAACCUCCUUAGCAUCUGUAAAAGAAAGUGAUUUCUUGAAAGCAGCUCAAAAUGGUGACAUAAAAAUUGUAAAGAAAUGUUUAAAACUGGGAGUAGAGAUUGAUUGUGUUGAUUCUUAUGGAUGGACAGCUUUAAUGUGUGCAGGUCAUAGUGGAAAUAGACAAGUAGUUACAUAUCUUCUCAAGAAGGGUAUAAACAAAUAUGUGGUGGACAGAAAGAGAAGGGAUGCAGUGGUCAUUGCGAAGAGAGCUGGCCAUGAAAGUCUGGCCAAUUUUAUAUCAAUGUUUGAUAAAAGUAUUGCGAGAGACAAUCAGAUACAAAAACAGGAAGCAGAAGUGGUUGAAUUUUUCUGUGAUGUGUGUAAUAAAACUAUUCACCAAAUUGAAGGGGAAAACCAUGAAACUUCUACUGUGCAUCUAUUUAACAGACAGCUGAAGCCAAAACCAGAUAGUUUUCUUAUUCCUCCAGGCAACAGAGGAUUUCAAUUAAUGUUAAAGAGUGGAUGGGAUGGGGAGAAAGGAUUGGGAUCAAAAGGACAAGGGCAACGAUAUCCUGUGAAAACAGUACUAAAACGAGACAGACAAUGUUUAGGUGGGGAAUCAGAGAGGACUUCUAAAAAGAAGGCUAAAGUUACACAUUUUGGACCUAAUGACAAAAAUGCAGUUGAAAAACUCAAAGAAAGAAAACUCAAAACUUCUACAAUUAACAAACAGCUGAAAAAGAAGCAGGAGAGUAAAUCUCAGCUGUGGGAGAGAAAUUUGAGAGAAGAAAUGAAUAACUUGUUCUGAAAUUUUUCCUUUCAUGCUGACUACAUCAUAGAAUGAUAUAUUGUAAUUUGAAUAUCCCCUAACACCUUUUUUUUUUAAGAAGGCUUUUAGA